GUGUAGCUAGCUUAUGUAGCUAACAAUGUAAACAGUUUUUCUAGAGCUAAACAGAUUUUAUUUUAGUAUAUGGGAAUUGGCGGGCGCGGGAGUAAUAGCAGGUGGCGUUAAAGCUAAGAGAGGCUUUAAUUAGAUAAAGAAAUUUCAAUGAAAAAAGAAAACGAUAUUCAUCUACCCCCAUUCAAGCCAAUGACCGUUUAAUCAUCGACAUAUAGUAAUGAAAUGAGAGUGUCUGAAAAGAAUGAGAAAGGAGAUUCGAGAGCAAGUUUGUAUUCGGGCAUUGGCAUAUAUCAGGCCUUCAUUCUAUCUCUUUUUUUUCAAAGAGCAAUAUGAUCAUAGCAUGUCCAUAUGAUAUACGUCAAUGUUAACUUAGUUUUACAACACUAAAAUGAGUGGCGGCAUCUUUAAAUAUUUUUAUCAACUAUAAUAUGACAUCUAAAAUGGAAACAGAAGAAAAUUACACCACCUCCAACUAAUUUAAAUUCAUCCUCGGAGGCCAGUUCAAUAGUCGAUAUGAAUCGUCGAAGAAUUAAACCGAUGUUGGACUCAUCUGAUUCAGAUGGAGAUGCUUUGCACACACCACAAACUUCCACAUCUGCUGUCGCUGAGAGUAGUCAAGAAAAUAGUAAUGGAUCAGGCAAUUUCACGCAUAAGGAAAAGCAAUUAAAGUUCCUCGUUGAUGCAUUUCCACAAAAGGAUACUAUGGUUUUGCAAGAUAUAUUAGUUCGACAUAAUUGGAAUGCUCAAUCUGCAAUGAAUGAUUUGUUAGGAGGAGGUCAAGAUUCUACUUCGAAUCAUUCCAAUAAAAGAAAAUUACAACAAUCGGAAAGUAAGAAAAAGAAGACUAAGCGUAGACGGGUGGAUGCAGAUGAUAGUGAUGAUACUGGCGGUAGUGAAGAAUACGCGGAUGAGCGAGUAUUCGACAGCGAUGAAGAUUCUGAUAUGGAAGUUAGUGAUGAAUUAACUCAUGACAAGAGACGUGUACUUGAAUUCAUGCAAAAUGCUGGACCAAAUGAAUUACGACUUAUGGCUUCAUGCUCCCAAAAGAAGGUUGAAGCAAUUAUUGAAAGUAGACCAUUUACGGGUUGGGUCGAUUUGGUUCAUAAACUGCAGGAUAAUAAGCACUUAAGUCCAGACUUAUUAAAUGCCGCACAAAGAGUAUUAUCAACUCGAAAUAAUGUGCAACAUUUAAUGCGAAAAUGUACAGCACUGGCACAGCAGAUGGAAAGAGCAGUGGCUGCGGGUGCGGGUGUCAAAAAUCAACCAUCAAUUUUAACAACGGAUUUAAAAUUAGCUGGUUAUCAAAUGGUCGGUCUGAAUUGGUUAGCAGUUAUGCAUGCUCAAGGUGUUAAUGGGAUUUUAGCGGAUGAAAUGGGAUUGGGGAAAACUGUUCAAGUGAUUGCAUUUUUAGCGCAUCUUAAACAAAUUGGUGCUGCUAGGGGUCCGCAUUUAAUUGUUGUUCCUGCCUCAACUUUAGAAAAUUGGAAUAAUGAACUCGCUCGAUGGUGUCCAGCUUUAAAAGUGUUUAUGUAUUAUGGAUCACAGGAAGAUCGUCGUACAAUGCGUAUAAGUUGGUCACGUGGUGGGUUAGAAGGAUAUGAUAUUGUUCUAACAACAUACAGUAUGGUAAUGAGUAGUCCGGAGGAACGUAAAAUGUUUCGGAUCACACAAAUGCAUUAUGUUGUAUUCGAUGAAGCUCAUAUGCUUAAAAAUAUGAACACUCAACGUUAUGAGAAUUUAGUUCGAAUUAAGGCGUCUAAUCGAAUAUUAUUAACUGGAACACCUUUACAAAAUAAUUUAUUGGAAUUAAUGUCAUUACUUAUAUUUGUAAUGCCUACAAUGUUUGCAGGGAAAACUGAUGAUUUGAAAAAUUUGUUCCAAAAAACUUCUAAAGCAUCGUCAACGAAGGCGGAUAACGAAGACAACGAUCUACCACCAUUUGAACGUGAUCAAAUUGCACAAGCUAAACGUAUUAUGAAACCAUUUGUUUUACGUCGUUUAAAACGUGAUGUGCUUAAAGAUUUACCAGCUAAAACCGAUCAAACACUUCUUGUACCAAUGAACGAAGCACAAUCGGAACGUUAUAAAAAAUUAAUUCAAUCAUUCCAAUCCGAUGACGGAACAAUUUAUUCAAAUGGUGAAGUAAGUGGUAUGGCAAUGAUGAUGGAUAUGCGUAAAUUAAGUAAUCAUCCAUUAUUGUUACGUUAUCAUUACGAACAUAAAACGUUAGCCAUGAUGGCAUCAAGAUUAGCAUCGGAUCCAUUGUAUAAAGAGACUAAUCAAGCUUAUAUUAUUGAAGAUCUUACAUUCAUGUCGGAUUAUCAAAUUCAUAAAUUAACUCAGGAAUAUAAAUCAAUUAGUAGUUAUAAAUUACCACCCGAAAAAAUCAUAGCAUCAGGGAAAUUUGAAAAAUUGGAUGAAAUGCUACCUCAACUGGAAAGUGAUGGGCACAGAGUUCUUAUAUUUAGCCAAUUUGUUAUUAUGUUGGACGUUUUGGAAGAAUAUUUAAAUAUAAGACAAAUAAAAUAUUUACGUUUAGAUGGAAACACUCCAGUAGUUAUUCGACAACAAUUAAUCGAUCAAUAUAUAGAAGAUAAGUCGAUUUUCGUAUUUUUAUUAACCACAAAGGCUGGUGGUCUAGGUAUAAAUUUAACAGCCGCUGAUACCGUUAUCAUACAUGACAUAGAUUUCAAUCCGUACAAUGACAAACAAGCUGAAGAUCGUUGUCAUCGAAUGGGUCAAAAACGUCCAGUGUCCAUUUAUAGAUUAAUUAGUGCAGGUACUAUUGAAGAGGGUAUGUCACAAAUGGCUAAAGAAAAAUUGAAAUUAGAACGAGAAAUAACAACUAAUGAAGAAAAUGAACCACAAGAAAUGAAGAGUGUUGUACGUUUGCUAACAUUAGCUUUAGGAUUUGAUUCGGCUAGAGCUGCCAGUUUAUUAUCUCCAACGAAAACAACAUCAUGAAAUUUACUUAUGAGAUCUAUAAUCACAUAAAUUAUAGAUCUUAAUAAUGCACGCACCUUCCUCUUACACUACUCAGCAUG